UAUCCCUUUUUAAUCUGUAAUUACAGAAUUUUAAUCGCAUUUACUAAUUUUUAAUGGUACCCUUUUUGCUUGGUGCUGGAAAUCUUUGAUUUUGAGCUGAAUUAGUUGCUUAUUAGAUUUUGGGGCUGUUAUAUUUCAUCUGGGUUAUUGCUGAUUUCACAGAAUUCCUUCAAUUUUCAUUGUUAGUAUCUAGGGUUUGGUUGAUUUUUAGGAAUUAUAUUACGUCUUUGAUUAUUUUGUUGUUGUGACUUCGAAUUGUGUUGGGUAGGACUCGAAAUUGGGCGCAGACUAAAGUUUCAGUUUUGAUUGCCUUUUGGGUUGAAUUCGUUAUUUAUCUGUAAUUUUGUUCUCAUAAUGGACGAUGGAGAGGUUGAUUUUUCGAACCAAGAUGUGUUUUCUAGUCCAAAUAUGGCUGGUGAACUUCCCAGCAGUUGCUCGAUGGACAGUUUCUUUGAUGAGCUUCUGAAAGAUUCUCAUGCUUGCACGCACACCCACACUUGCAACCCACCCGGUCCUGAUUACUCGCAUACCCACACUUGUUUUCAUGUCCAUACGAAAAUUGUGCCUGCUGCAACUGAAGGCAACACUGCAACAGAUGACUCUGCGGAUUCUGUAGGAAAGAAAUCGAAAAAACGCCCUUUGGGUAACCGGGAAGCAGUGCGUAAAUACCGUGAGAAGAAGAAGGCAAGAGCAGCAUCUUUGGAGGAUGAAGUUGUAAGAUUGAGAACUCUAAAUCAGCAGUUGUUGAAAAGGUUGCAAGGUCAAGCUGCUUUGGAGGCUGAAGUUGCAAGGCUUAAGUGUUUACUUGUGGAUAUUCGUGGAAGAAUUGAAGGGGAAAUUGGAUCUUUUCCAUAUCAGAAACCUGUGAAUCACAGCCUUCCAAACCCAACCAUGCCUGGUUCAUACAUGGUGAACCCUUGUAAUGUACAAUGUAACGAUCAAGUGUAUUGUCUUCAUCCUGGGGUGGAUGACAAAUGUGAUGAUGACUCGUUGAAUGACCAAGGUAUAAAUGCUUGUGAAUUUGAGAGUCUCCAAUGUUUAGCAAAUCAGAACUCAGCUUCCAUGGAGAUUUCUGGUUGUGGAGAUGGCAAUGUGGCAGCUCGUGCUAAAUCUUCUGCCUCAAACAAGAGGAAAGGAGGGGCUCAUGCAGCAACUGCAAGUUAAAAUGCUUGAUAAGGCAAGGUGAAGCUGUGUUAACUGUUAGAGAUACAUAUUCUAUUCUAAUAAGUAGUUGGCAAACUGCAGGAUCGGCCUUCGCUCAGGUCAUUUGUAAUUUUUUGCUCUGUAUUUUUUUUUUCUCUCGUUCUAGUUUUAAACCCAUAUUUGGGUACUUUGACCUAGAAUGAUUUCUGAUACCAAGCUGAAGUUUCGCGAGAUUUUGAUGUUACUUGGUAGUUCGGUCAGCUUAUGAACUUAAAUUAAGCAUGUUUUGUAGAGAGCUAAAAGCUUUAGUGGAGAAUGUGCAGUCAAUGGAUUUGGAACCUGUGGCGGUGAACCCACUUUAUGGUUUUCACAAAGCUCAGCUUUUUUGAGUCUCAACCUACAUAUUCUAUUGAGCUACAUACAAACUACUAUGCUUUAAUUUUGAUAUUUAUUACUUAA